AAGUUUGAGGUUAUUGUUAUUCAAUAUUUUCAAAAAGACUGAGUUAUUGAACAAGGUUGAGAGUUUAAUAUGUAAUUAAGAUAGGCGAAACAAACGAAAUUCCUGUCAAAGACCUACUGUAAAUAAAUUGUCAUGGAUUUUCUUUCGGAAGUAAUAGGCGAAGCUGUAAUCUUAAGUGUUGACUCUUUAAUAUUGGGGUUUUGUGUUAAACAGCUGAGCAAAUGUAAACACAUACUAAAUGCCCUUCAGACAGCCCCAGUUCUCGAUAUUGAUAAUAGUCUUAAUAAAGAGAUAAACAAGUACCCCAAUUAUGUUAUACCAUAUGUUGUAGUACGAGGUCUAGUUAAGCCUCUUGGAAAUCCUAUCACAAGUAAUUACAAUCAGUCAGUUACUGGAGUUAUUCAAAGGUUAAUAAUAAAAGAACAUGUCAUUGCUAGAACAUCUGCCGGUUUCUGGUCUGACCAGACUCGCACAAUUCAUGAGUUUUGCAAUUCAACACCAUUUGUUCUUACUAAUGGAAAGUACAGCAUUGAAGUUGUAGAUGCUUUGUCUGCUGAACUUUUGGAUUUGGAUGUUAUUUCUGACAAAUUUGAGCCUAUGUCUCCUGGAGUAAUUGAUCAUGUUUGGGGCUUUUUCUCUGGUGUCAGGCAAAGAGGCUUACAGACUAUGGAAGAGAUGUUACGAGAUGGAUCAUACAUCACAGCUGUUGGUGAACUUAGUAGAACCAGUUCAGGCCUAAAAAUUCAACCACCAAAAGAUGGAUUACCUCUGUAUUUGACAACAUCAACAAAAUCUAGUCUUUUAAACAGAUUAGCAAGUUCUAGAGACUUCUUAAGGGUCUUACUGGUGUUAUUUGGCUCUGUAGCAGCCAUUGCCUCCGGACGCAUUGCAUACAAGUAUAUUAAGAGAAGACGACGACGCCAAGCUGACGAAAAUUUAAAGAAACAACUGGCGGCUGGCCGAAGAGAACGACGUGCACAAAAUAGAGAUAAGGAUCUUAGUGAAGUGCAGCUUUGUGUUGUCUGCAGUGAUAAUCCUAAAGAGAUAAUACUUUUGCCAUGUGGUCACGUCUGCCUAUGCGAAGACUGUUCCGAGAAUAUUCGCGACAAUUGUCCAAUUUGUCGUGAGAGAAUCCACUCCCGCGCACCCGCAUUCAUAACAUAAAUGCUUAAUGGUAGGUUAAUACAUACUGAAGUGUUGUUUUGGGUCAUAUGGACCAAAUUAAUUUUGGAAAAUUGAUAAGUAAUCAAAACAUAACACAGAUUUUUAUCAAAAUUAUUGUUUUAACAAAUAGUUAGUUGAUAAUAAAACUUUGUGGCAAAGAAAUGUUAUGGUGAUCAUAAAUCCUAUAUUUUUAACCACUACUGUAAAUAUGUAUAGAAAAUUGUCAAAACCUUAAAGUCAAAACUUAAUAUUUAUUUUGGUUAUAGAAAUAUGAUCAACAUUGUAUAAUGACUUUUUUCUACAAAAUGUUACUACAAUGUUAGGGUGGCUAAUAAACUAAAUAGAUUCAGUAAAAUUAUAUUUCAUCCAAGUGAAUAUUAUCUUAAAU